CAAAGAUCCAAGCCCGACCCAACUUGCUUUCGAAGGACAACGGUCAUGGAAGGAAAGAAGAAAGAAGAAAAGCGACAAUUGACAAGAACGCAACAACAGUCCAUCACACUACCAGCAACUAGCUAGUAAUAACACUAACUAGGUAGAACAACAAGAUGAAGUUAUCAACGAGCAGUGGUGCGAGCCCUUCGAGUGGCAACAGCGCACGAAAGAAUAAAAAGGGAAAGAAGUCGAAAAAAGACAAGAAGCGCGCCAAGGCCGAGAAAGCCUUGAAACAGUCCAUGUCUCCUGCUAUUAAACUGCUACUUAUACCGUUGGCAAUCGUUUUUUGCUUGUGCAUUUUGGGAAUGACCUUUGUACCCGAUCCAACGAACAAAGGCUUCAUGCAUCUUCGAGGUCAUACCGGGAGCGGUCCUGAUCUGGAUCACGGAAGCCAGCUACGACGCAUCGUCAACGCUGUAAAAGAAUCCAAGAAACGUAUCUUUCCACCCAAGCCAGAGAUAGAGCUGCCUCCAUCAAACAAUGAUGCCUCCCUGAUUGAUAUGAGAGAGCUGGAUGCAACACUCCCCUUUGACAAUCCGGAUGGUGGGGCUUGGAAGCAAGGGUGGGAUGUUCAACCAGUCAAACCAACAAAAGAAAAUCCCGUCAAAAUUUUUGUAGUACCGCAUUCACACUGUGAUCCUGGUUGGAUCAAGACGUUUGAUGAUUACUUCCAAUCACAGACAAAACACAUUCUGACUUCGGUCGUAAAUGCCUUAUCAAAAGAUCGCAAGAGGAAGUUUAUCUGGGCAGAAAUCAGCUACUUUGAAUGGUGGUGGAGGGAGCAGAUGCCUGAAGUGCAACAAUUAACAAAAUCAUUGUUUGAAAAUGGGCAGCUGGAAUUUGUGACUGGAGGAUGGGUGAUGCCAGAUGAAGCCAACACACAGCUCUAUGCUAUGGAAGUCCAAAUGGAGGAGGGACAUAAUUGGAUCAGGAAUAAUAUUGGAGAGAAACACAUUCCAAAGUAUGGAUGGAGCAUUGAUCCAUUUGGGUACUCACCCACAAUGGCCUAUUUGCUCAAGAAAUAUGGUUUCAAGGCCAUGCUGAUACAAAGGGUGCAUUAUGCUGUGAAGAAGGAAUUGGCCAAGAGGAAACAUUUGGAAUUCAACUGGAGACAGGUUUGGGAUGAUGAGGGUGAAUAUGAUAUCUUUUGCCAUGUCAUGCCGUUCUUUUCCUAUGAUGUGCCACACACUUGUGGACCCGAUCCAAGUGUAUGUUGCCAGUUUGAUUUUGCCAGAAUGAAAAGAACUGGUUGCCCCUGGAGAAAAAAUCCCCAAGCCAUCACAUACAUCAAUCUGCAGGAGAGGUCAAUGCUUCUUCUAGAUCAGUACCUCAAGAAAGCGUCCCUGUAUCGAUCUGGUGUAGUGAUUGCUCCACUUGGUGAUGACUUUCGGUAUCAAACAGCUGAAGAAGCUGAGCUGCAGUUUUCCAACUACCAAAAGAUAUUUGACUACAUCAACAAACAUGUGGAAGGGGUUCAGAUUCAGUUUGGAACCUUGAGUGAAUACUUUGAGGCUGCCAUGGGAACCUUUGAACCGCCAUUAUUGAAAGGUAGCUUCUUCACAUAUGCAGAUGUUAAUGAGGACUACUGGAGUGGCUACUACACCAGCCGGCCCUUUGACAAAUCACUGGAUAGAAAGCUGGAACGAGUUCUUUUUGCAGCCAGCUCUCUGGGGGGCACUGAUGAAGAGCUGCAAGGCCCCAGAAGGGCUCUGAGUUUGUUUCAGCAUCAUGAUGGCAUCACGGGAACUGCCAAAGAUCACGUCGUGAAAGAUUAUGCCCUGAGAGUCUAUGCUGCAAUUGGUUCCACGCAAGAUUGGAUCGCCAAAAAGCUUCAGGCAGACAAUCAGGAACUCCAUGCAUGUUGGAAAUCGAAUGAUCCCAGAGGCUUGAGCCAGAACCUUUGUUUGACCGCUAAUAUCAAGACUGUCAAACUGUACAAUCCCUUGGAAACAUCUCAGUGGUGUGGUGACGUUGAAGUGCCCGGUCAUGAAACCAAAGAGGUGCCUUCGAACGUUCCGUGCGAAGUACCCUCGGCAUCGUCGGGCACUCAAUUUGACGAGCACACGGGAUUGGUGACCGAGCCGUUCCAAGAGGAAUGGAUGGUUUGGAAGGUGAAAAAGGGAGGUGCCUACCUGUUCUUCCCCGGUGACUUGCUCAAUUACCAGGACAAGGGGGCACCCAAGAUCCAAGAUGGUGGCCUGGUUGUGGACGCCAAUCAUUGGCGCCGCCACGUCGUGCAAAAGACUGUCGAUGGGGCCACUGUGAUUGACUUUGUGUACGAAACCAAUCUACAAAACUCGAAUGAAGAAUGGUUCGUGCGGUUCACCCAUCCCAACAUUCAGAACCAAGGAAUCUUCCACACGGAUUUGAAUGGCUUUAACUUUGACACGCACAAGUUCCGUUCCGACCUUCCACUACAGAGUCAGGUGUUUCCCAUGCCGACACUUGCCUCUGUAGAAGAUGCCAAACUGCGAAUGACGGUAUUGAGUGAUCACGCACAAGGAACGGCAUCUACCAAGGACGGAACGAUUGACGUGUGGCUGGAUCGUCGGCUUCGUCAAGAUGACGCCAGAGGCGUGGGUCAAGGCGUGUCCGACAAUGUUCCCACGAGGACGCGCCUUCGCAUCGUAGUGGAAGAGAAGAUCGAUGGAACAGCUCCCAAGUUGUUGGACAAUUACACGAUAACACCCCUGUGCAAGCGCAUGUGGGAAGAACUCAACCAUCCGCUGGAGCAAUUUGGAAUUGUGGAAAAGGUUGCCAAUGCUUAAUGGGUAUGCCUGCUGGCUAGCGCUAGCUAGCUAGAAGUGUAGAGACUACUACUCAACGACAUGAUACUAUAAUAUGAAACAGUAUGUACUAUUGACUUUAUAAUGGCA